GGAAAACUGGGCUUUGGUUAGCCGUGCUGUUGUGGCGCCCUGCUCUAGACAUUUUUCGGCUCCCCUGUGCGGCCUCGGUGGAGAAGCUGAGGUCCCCGAGCCGCUCCUACAGACGAGCUUCGAUCCCGCGCGGGGACGUCAGGAGAGCUGAGGGUGAAGAGUCUGCGGGGCUUGGGCAGGGUCACCUGAGGAGCUCGGACCGCGGAGUCUCCUCCGCCCCGUCGUGCUUCCCCCCAUGAACUAAGAGAGUUUUGGGACCUCCAUCUUUUGCAAACAUGAAUGGAGAGUACAGAGGCAGAGGAUUUGGACGAGGAAGAUUUCAAAACUGGAAAAGAAGAAGAGGUGGUGGGAGCUUCUCAGGAAAAUGGAGAGAACUAGAGCACAGACCUGAUGUGAAUAAAGCCACAGGAAAACAUCCUGAACAAACCCCACAGUCUUUGCUACUACAAUCAACGUUGGAUCAAUUCAUACCAUAUAAAGGCUGGAAGCUUUAUUUGUCAGAAGUUUACAGCGACAGCUCUCCUUUUAUUGAGAAGAUUCAAGCAUUUGAAAACUUUUUCACAAGGCGUAUUGAUUUAUACGAUAAGGAUGAAAUAGAAAGAAAGGGAAGUAUUUUGGUGGAUUUUAAAGAACUGACAAAAGAUGACGAAAUAGCUAAAUUGAUACCAAAUAUAGCAAAUGAAUUAAGGGAUACACCUGAGAAAACCCUGGCUUGCAUGGGUCUGGCAAUACAUCAGGUGUUAACUAAGGAUCUUGAAAGGCAUGCAGCUGAGUUACAAGCCCAAGAAGGAUUGUCUAGAAAUGGGGAAACAAUGGUAAAUGUGCCACACAUUCAUACAAGGGUAUACAACUAUGAGCCCUUAACACAGCUCAAGAAUGUCCGAGCAAAUUACUAUGGAAAAUACAUUGCUCUGAGAGGGACAGUGGUUCGUGUCAGUAAUAUAAAGCCUCUUUGUACCAAGAUGGCUUUUCUUUGUUCUGCAUGUGGAGAAAUUCAGAGUUUUUCUCUUCCAGAUGGAAAAUAUAAUCUUCCCACAAAGUGUCCUGUGCCUGCAUGUCGAGGGAAGUCAUUUACUGCUCUCCGAAGCUCUCCUCUCACAGCUACGAUGGACUGGCAGUCAAUCAAAAUCCAGGAGUUGAUGUCUGAUGAUCAGCGAGAAGCAGGUCGGAUUCCACGAACAAUAGAAUGUGAGCUUGUUCACGAUCUUGUGGAUAGCUGUGUCCCAGGAGACACAGUCACUAUCACUGGAGUUGUCAAAGUCUCAAAUGCUGAGGAAGGUUCUCGAAAUAAGAAUGACAAAUGCAUGUUCCUUUUGUACAUUGAAGCAAAUUCUGUUAGCAAUAGCAAAGGACAGAAAACAAAAGCUUCCGAGGAUGGAUGUAAGCAUGGAACAUUGAUGGAGUUCUCACUUAAGGACCUUUAUGCCAUCCAGGAGAUUCAAUCUGAAGAAAACCUGUUUAAACUCAUUGUCAACUCGCUUUGCCCUGUCAUUUUUGGUCAUGAACUUGUUAAAGCAGGUUUGGCAUUAGCACUCUUUGGAGGAAGCCAGAAGUAUGCAGAUGACAAAAACAGAAUUCCAAUUCGAGGAGACCCACAUGUCCUUGUUGUUGGAGACCCAGGCUUGGGAAAGAGUCAGAUGCUACAGGCAGUGUGCAGCGUUGCUCCACGUGGCGUGUAUGUUUGUGGUAAUACCACAACCACCUCUGGUUUGACUGUAACUCUUUCAAAAGAUAGUUCCUCUGGAGAUUUUGCUUUGGAAGCUGGUGCCCUGGUACUUGGUGAUCAAGGUAUCUGUGGAAUAGAUGAAUUUGAUAAGAUGGGGAAUCAACAUCAAGCCUUGUUAGAAGCCAUGGAACAGCAAUGUAUUAGUCUCGCUAAGGCUGGCGUGGUUUGCAGCCUUCCUGCAAGAACUUCCAUUAUUGCUGCUGCCAAUCCAGUAGGAGGACACUACAAUAAAGCCAAAACAGUUUCUGAGAAUUUAAAAAUGGGGAGUGCCCUACUAUCCAGAUUUGAUUUAGUCUUUAUCCUGUUAGACACCCCAAAUGAGGAUCAUGAUCAUUUACUCUCUGAACAUGUGAUUGCAAUAAGGGCUGGAAAGCAGAGAGCUGUCAGCAGUGCCACAGUAGCUCGUAUGAAUAGUCAAGAUUCAAAUACUUCUAUACUUGAAGUGGUUUCUGAUAAACCACUAUCAGAAAGACUAAAGGUGGUUCCUGGAGAAACAAUAGAUCCAAUUCCCCACCAGCUAUUGAGAAAGUACAUUGGUUAUGCUCGGCAGUAUGUCUCUCCAAGGCUAUCCACAGAAGCUGCUCAGAUUCUUCAGGAUUUUUACCUUGAGCUCCGGAAACAGAGCCAGCGGUUAAAUAGCUCACCAAUCACUACUAGGCAGCUGGAAUCUUUGAUUCGUCUAACAGAGGCACGAGCAAGGUUGGAAUUGAGAGAGGAAGCAACCAAAGAAGAUGCUGAGGAUAUAGUUGAAAUUAUGAAAUAUAGCAUGUUAGGAACUUACUCUGAUGAAUUUGGGAACCUAGAUUUUGAACGAUCCCAGCAUGGUUCUGGAAUGAGCAAUAGGUCAACAGCAAAAAGAUUUAUUUCCACUCUCAACAACAUUGCUGAAAGAACUUACAAUAAUUUAUUUCAAUUUCAUCAACUUCGGCAGAUUGCCAAAGAGCUAAACAUUCAGGUAGCUGAUUUCGAAAAUUUUAUUGGAUCACUAAAUGACCAAGGUUACCUCUUGAAAAAAGGCCCAAAGAUUUACCAGCUUCAAACUAUGUAAAAGAGCUACCAAGCCAGGCCCUCCUGGGUUUAUUAUGAAGAAUAUGCACCAAAAAAAAAAAAAAAAAAAAUGUUAUCUGAAAAAUGACAUCCCAAAAGUAAUGUAAUAGGAAAAGAGUGUUGAACUAAUUUAAGAAGUGAUAAAGUCAUGUGUUAAUUUUUUACUUCUCCAAAAGGCUAAAAAUAAAUUGUUUAUAUUUUAUCUAAAUGAUGUAAUUAGAAAUUAUUUAUAGUUUUAUUUUUGACCUGUCUUUCAUUCUUAUAAAUAUUUCAUAGUUUUGCAUAUCACAUGUGCAUCUGGGUAAGCAUUCACAGUUACAUUUAAAUGUUUAAAUAGUUCUGACACACAAGAUUGAAUAUCUUUUAGAAAUAAAUUGAAACAAACUUUCAAUUCCCAAAAAAUUUGGAAAUUUUUAUAUUGACUUUUUUUUGACUUUGGUUUAUAACAUUAUGUAAGUUUCAUGUGUACAACAUUAUAAUUAGACUUCUGUAUAUACUACUGCAAGCUCACCAGAAGUCUA